CGUAAUUUGACACUGACAGGAAAUAUCUGACGUCGUCUGACAAGUAUUGGGUGCGGUGAAUUUUUGGAGACAAAUUUAUAAACAUAAUUCGAAUUUUGAUCAAUUUUCCAUUCAUUAAAGGUGCUAUAUAGUGUGCAAACAACUUAACACUAGGAAUACGAUUAAAACCGGUAGUUCGCUGAGUUACAAAGCAUCACCAUGGAUCAAAUUCCUCCUCCGAAAGAGGUAAAAAUCCUCGAAACUGCUGAGGACAUUCAAGAGAGGCGUCAACAAGUAUUGACUCGAUACGACAACUUUAAGGCUGAUGCUAGAGCGAAGAGAGAAAAGCUAGAGGAUUCUAGGCGAUUCCAAUAUUUCAAACGAGAUGCUGACGAGUUGGAAUCAUGGAUUUUGGAAAAACUUCAAGCUGCUUCUGACGAGAGCUACAAAGACCCGACCAAUUUGCAGGCAAAGAUCCAAAAGCAUCAAGCUUUUGAGGCUGAAGUUUCAGCGCACAGCAAUGCGAUUGUUGUGCUGGACAACACUGGACGCGAAAUGAUCAAUCAGAACCAUUAUGAAUCGGAAACUAUUCGCCGACGACUUGAGGAGCUUCACCGUUUAUGGGAGAAAUUGUUAUCCAAGCUCGCAGAGAAGGGAAUGAAACUGCAGCAAGCUCUGGUUUUAGUGCAGUUUAUCAGGCACUACGAUGAAGUGAUGUUUUGGAUCAAUGAAAAGAGUGCAUUUCUAUCUACUGAAGAGUUCGGCCAUGAUCUGGAACAUGUGGAAGUUUUGCAGCGCAAAUUUGAUGAGUUUCAAAAGGACAUGGCUUCUCAGGAAUAUCGUGUCACUGAAGUCAAUGAAUUGGCCGACAAACUUCUGCAAGACGGUCAUCCCGAAAGGGAUCAAAUUACCAGCAGAAAAGACGAACUGAAUAGUGCCUGGCAAAGAUUGAGGCAGCUGUCUAUGCUGCGUCAAGACAAAUUGUACGGCGCUCAUGAGAUUCAGAGAUUUAACAGAGAUGCUGAUGAAACAGUUGCUUGGAUCUCUGAAAAAGACGUAGUCCUAUCAUCCGACGAUUAUGGCAGAGAUCUAGCAAGUGUGCAAGCCCUUCAAAGAAAACACGAAGGCGUGGAGAGGGAUUUGGCUGCUUUAGAAGAUAAAGUUUUGACUUUGGGCAAGGAAGCUGAGAGGCUCUGUGCAAUUCACGGUGACCAUGCCGAGCAGAUCGAAGCCAAGCGAUCUGAAAUUGAAGACUACUGGCAAAGUUUAACUGCCAAAGCUAAAGAACGUCGCGAACGACUCGAAGAGUCAUACGCUCUGCACCGUUUUCUCGCCGAUUUCAGAGACCUUGUUUCAUGGAUUAACGACAUGAAAGCCAUAAUUUCGGCAGAUGAAUUGGCUAAAGAUGUGGCAGGGGCUGAAUCCUUAUUGGAACGCCAUCAAGAGCACAGAGGCGAAAUUGAUGCUAGAGAAGAUAGUUUUGCUUCCACUAUUGCCGCUGGCUUAAAUCUUCUGGAGAAAGGACAUUAUGCUAGCGACGAAGUCAAAGAAAAGCUUUCCAGCUUGGAAUCCGAUAAACGAUCCCUAAUUGCACUUUGGGAUGAGAGACGUAUUUUGUACGAACAAUGCAUGGAUUUACAGUACUUCUAUCGUGAUACUGAACAGGCUGAUACUUGGAUGGCGAAACAGGAAGCGUUUCUGGCCAAUGAAGAUCUGGGCGAUUCCCUUGACUCAGUUGAAGCUUUGAUCAAAAAGCAUGAAGAUUUCGAAAAAAGCUUGGCAGCACAAGAAGAAAAAAUCAAAGCUUUGGAUGAGUUUGCUACAAAAUUAAUUGACGGCGAACAUUAUGCCGCUGACGAUGUUGCUCAACGUCGAGCCAUGCUUUUGGAGCGCAGGAAGGCUUUGAAAGAGAAAUCUAGCCGUCGUAGGGAACUUCUAGAGGACGCAUAUAAACUACAACAAUUCGAACGCGAUUGUGAUGAAACCAAAGGGUGGAUAAACGAGAAACUGAAGUUUGCUUUGGACGAAAGUUAUUUGGAUCCCACCAACUUGGGCGGCAAAGUGCAGAAACAUCAAAACUUUGAACAAGAAUUGAACGCUAACAAGAGCAGAAUGGAAGCAAUAACUAAAACAGGCGAAGAGCUUGUAGAAGACAAUCAUUAUGCAGCUCCCAGAAUCCAAUCCCGUAUGGAAGAGAUUGUGCAACUUUGGGAAACACUGGUGCAAGCGACUGACAAGAAAAACUCCAAACUACAAGAAGCCAGCCAACAACAACAAUUCAACAGAACUAUUGAGGACAUUGAAUUGUGGUUGAGUGAAAUUGAAGGACAAUUGAUGUCUGAAGACUAUGGAAAGGACCUUACCAGUGUGCAAAAUUUGCAGAAGAAGCACGCUUUAUUGGAAUCCGACGUUGCAUCUCACCAAGAUAGAAUUGAAGGCAUUACAUCUGCAGCAACCCAAUUCGUUGAAAGAGGUCAUUUUGAUGCUGAUAACAUUGCUCACAAGCAGAAAGUUCUUACUGACAGAUAUGCCGCUUUGCAAACGCCCAUGGCUAUUCGAAAGCAACGACUCUUGGACUCUCUACAAGUGCAACAACUGUUUCGAGACAUUGAAGAUGAAGAAUCGUGGAUUCGUGAAAAAGAACCAAUCGCAGCAUCAACUAACCGAGGUCGCGACUUAAUUGGGGUGCAAAACCUCAUCAAAAAACACCAAGCUGUUUUAGCGGAAAUUAAUAAUCAUGAUGCUCGUAUUACUGCGGUUGUUGAAGCUGGUAGACAAAUGACUGAAGACGAGCAUUUUGCAAGUGAUGAAAUCAGAAAUAGAGUGACUGCGUUGAGUGACCACUGGGAACAUCUUAAGGAAAAAUCGCAGCAACGCAAACAAGAUUUAGAAGACUCCCUUCAAGCCCAUCAAUAUUAUGCGGACGCCAACGAAGCCGAAUCAUGGAUGAAGGAGAAAGAACCCAUUGUUGCCAACACAGACUAUGGCAAGGAUGAAGAUUCAUCAGAAGCGCUCUUGAAGAAACACGAAGCAUUGAUGAGUGACUUGAUCGCUUUUGGAAACACCAUUGAAUCCCUGAAAGAACAAGCCAGAAACUGCAGGCAACAGGAACCGCCAGUAGUUGACGUAACUGGAAGGGAAACAGUGCAAGCUUUGUAUGACUACACCGAAAAAUCAGCAAGAGAAGUGUCUAUGAAGAAAGGAGAUCUUCUGCAUCUUCUCAACUCUAAUAAUAAGGAUUGGUGGAAAGUGGAAAUUCAUGACCGCCAAGGGUUCGUCCCUGCUGCUUAUGUGAAGAAAGUAGAAGCAGGAUUAACUGCAUCUCAACAAAAUCUGAUUGAAAACAGCUCGAUUUCUGCACGACAACAUCAAAUUAACACACAAUACGACAGACUCUUGUCUCUAGCUCGUGAACGCCAAGAAAAACUCAACGAAACUGUGAAAGCAUACGUUCUGGUAAGAGAAGCCGCCGAAUUGGCAAAUUGGAUCAAGGACAAGGAAAUGCACGCACAAGUGGAAGAUGUUGGAGAAGAUUUAGAACAAGUUGAAGUCCUCCAAAAGAAAUUCGACGAUUUCCAAACCGAUCUAAAGGCCAACGAGGUCCGUUUGGCGGAAAUGAACGAAAUUGCUAUGCAGCUAGUGUCCUUAGGCCAAACUGAGGCCGCUCUUAAAAUCCGAACUCAAAUGGAAGACUUGAACACGAAAUGGACCAGUUUGCAACAAUUGACCGCGGAGAGAGCCAGCCAAUUGGGAUCUGCCCACGAAGUUCAAAGGUUCCAUCGUGAUGUCGAUGAAACUAAGGACUGGAUUCAAGAAAAAGAUGAAGCACUUAAUAAUGACGACCUUGGAAAGGACUUGCGUAGUGUUCAAGCUUUACAACGUAAGCACGAAGGUUUAGAGCGAGAUUUGGCUGCAUUGGGAGAUAAGAUUAAACAGCUAGAUGAGCAAGGCAACAGGUUGAAACAGUCUCACCCUGAACAAGCGGAACAGACUCUGCAAAAGCAAAGAGAAAUUACCGAGCUGUGGACUCAACUAACUGCAAAAGCCAAUUCCCGCAAAGAAAAACUGUUGGAUUCAUAUGACCUCCAAAGGUUCCUUAAUGACCACCGCGAUUUAUUGGCUUGGAUCAACUCUAUGCUGGGAUUAGUAAGUUCUGAAGAGCUUGCUAAUGAUGUAACUGGGGCAGAAGCCCUGAUUGAACGACACCAGAACUACAAGGCGGAAAUUGACGCACGCUAUGGAUAUCCACAGGAACAUCGUACAGAAAUUGAUGCGAGAGGUGGUACUUUCCUCGCUUUGGAACAAUUCGGUCAACAGUUGCUGAACUCCAAUCAUUACGCCUCUCCGGAAAUUCAAGAGAAGCUAGAACAACUUAAUCAGGCUCGUGCCGACCUUGAAAAAGCGUGGAUCGACCGUAGGCUGCUUCUGGACCAAAAUCUGGAAUUAAAUCUAUUCUAUAGGGAUUGUGAACAAGCUGAAAAUUGGAUGAGCGACCGAGAAGCAUUCUUAGCGUCUGACGAAGUUGAUUCCAAUGGUGAUAACGUGGAGGCUUUGAUUAAGAAGCACGAAGACUUUGACAAAGCCAUUAAUGCGCACGAAGAGAAGAUCGGCACUUUGCAAACAUUGGCUGAUCAACUUAUUGCCAGACAACAUUAUGCUUCGAAACCGAUUAAUGACAAACGUAAUCAAGUCCUGGAGAGAUGGCACCAUCUGAAAGAUGCUCUUAUCGAAAAACGUUCAAAAUUGGGAGAAAGCCAAACUUUACAGCAAUUCUCCAGAGAUGCCGAUGAAAUCGAGAACUGGAUCGCCGAAAAACUGCAAUUGGCUACUGAAGAAAGCUACAAGGACCCAGCUAAUAUUCAAUCAAAGCAUCAGAAACAUCAAGCCUUCGAGGCUGAACUGGCAGCUAAUGCUGAUCGUAUACAGAGUGUUCUUGCUAAUGGUGGUAAUUUGAUUGAUAAGAAACAAUGUGCGGGUUCUGAAGAAGCCGUCAGAAAGAGGCUUGAAUCUAUUGCCAAUCAGUGGGAAUUCCUCACCCAAAAAACGGUAGAAAAAUCCAUGAAAUUGAAAGAAGCCAACAAACAGCGCACUUACAUUGCCGCAGUCAAGGACUUGGACUUCUGGCUUGGUGAAGUAGAAAGCUUGCUAACCAGCGAAGAUGCUGGACGAGAUUUAGCUUCAGUGCAAAAUCUCAUGAAGAAACAUCAGUUGGUCGAAGCCGACAUUCAACAUCAUGAAGAUAGAAUUAAAGAUAUGAAUGACCAAGCCGAUUCAUUAAUUGAAUCUGGCCAAUUCGAUACCGCAUCCAUUCAAGAAAAGCGUCAGUCGAUCAACGAACGAUACGAACGAAUUAAGAACUUGGCAGCUCAUAGGCAAGCUAGGCUUAAUGAGGCCAAUACUCUACACCAAUUCUUUAGAGAUAUUGCUGACGAAGAGUCCUGGAUCAAGGAGAAAAAGCUCCUAGUAGGAAGCGAUGAUUAUGGACGUGAUUUAACUGGUGUCCAGAAUCUAAAGAAGAAGCACAAGCGUCUUGAAGCAGAACUGGCCUCUCAUGAACCUGCCAUUCAAGCAGUUCAAGAAGCAGGUGAAAAACUCAUGGACGUCUCCAAUCUCGGUGUUCCAGAAAUCGAGCAACGAUUGAAAGCUUUGAAUCAGGCUUGGGCUGAAUUGAAGCAAUUUGCUGCCACCAGAGGACAAAAAUUGGACGAAAGUUUGACUUAUCAGCAAUUCCUUACUAAGGUUGAAGAGGAAGAGGCCUGGAUCAGUGAGAAGCAGCAGCUUCUUAGUGUUGAGGAUUAUGGCGAUUCAAUGGCUGCCGUUCAAGGGUUGCUGAAGAAACAUGAUGCCUUCGAAACCGACUUCCAAGCCCACAGGGGACGAUGCAAAAAUAUAUCCGAUGAAGGAUCUCAACUUGCUGCUGCUGGAAAUCAUCACGCCGAUAGUAUAAAUCAACGCAUUCAACAGCUGCAGACCAAGUUAGACCAUUUGGCUGCUCUGGCAUCGAGACGAAAGGCCAAACUGGUAGAUAACUCUGCUUACCUACAAUUUAUGUGGAAAGCCGAUGUUGUUGAGAGCUGGAUUGCUGAUAAGGAUGCGCACGUGAACAGUGACGAGUAUGGACGAGAUCUAUCUUCAGUUCAAACUUUGCUUACCAAGCAAGAAACAUUCGACGCUGGUUUAACUGCCUUUGAACAUGAAGGCAUUCAGAAUAUCACAGCUUUGAAGGACCAGUUAGUAGCGUCAAACCACGACCAGACAGCCACAAUUGUGCAACGCCAUGCUAACGUUAUUGCUAGGUGGCAAAGUUUGCUAUCUGCCUCAGACGUUAGGAAACAGCGUCUUCUGGGUAUGCAGGAACAGUUCAAACAAAUUGAAGAAUUAUUCUUGACCUUCGCUAAAAGAGCUUCUGCUUUCAACUCAUGGUUUGAAAAUGCUGAGGAAGAUCUAACCGAUCCUGUCAGAUGCAACUCUAUUGAAGAAAUUCGAGCUUUGCGUGAUGCGCACGCCCAAUUCCAGGCUUCCCUUUCAAGCGCCCAAGCAGAUUUUGAUGCACUGGCCGCUUUAGAUCGCCAAAUAAAGUCAUUUAAGGUGGGCCCCAAUCCGUACACUUGGUUCAACAUGGAAGCUCUAGAGGAAACUUGGAGAAAUCUCCAAAAAAUUAUUGGGGAAAGGGAUUUAGAAUUGGACAAGGAAGCGCAGAGGCAAGAGGAGAAUGAUAAGCUGAGAAAGGAGUUUGCUAAGCACGCAAAUGCUUUCCAUCAAUGGUUGACAGAGACUCGUUUCCAGAUUUUAGGCUGGAAUGGAACCUCAAUGAUGGAAGGUUCUGGAUCAUUGGAACAGCAAUUGGAGGCCACUAAAAGAAAGGCGGCUGAAGUUAGAGCUCGCCGGUCCGAUUUGAAGAAAAUUGAAGACCUAGGCGCGAUUUUGGAAGAGCACCUUAUAUUGGACAACAGAUACACAGAACAUUCAACUGUAGGAUUAGCACAACAAUGGGAUCAGCUCGAUCAACUGGGAAUGAGAAUGCAACAUAAUUUGGAACAACAGAUACAAGCAAGAAACCAAUCAGGAGUUAGUGAGGAUGCUCUCAAAGAAUUCUCAAUGAUGUUCAAACACUUUGACAAAGAGAAAUCUGGUAAACUGAACCAUCAAGAAUUCAAGAGUUGUCUGCGAGCUCUGGGUUACGACUUGCCAAUGGUUGAAGAGGGACAACCGGACCCAGAAUUCGACGCAAUUUUAAAUGUAGUGGAUCCGAACAGAGAUGGAUAUGUAUCUCUGCAAGAAUACAUGGCCUUCAUGAUCAGUAAGGAAACUGAAAACGUACAGAGUUCUGAAGAAAUAGAAAAGGCCUUCCGCGCGAUUACUGCCGGAGAUCGUCCUUAUGUGACAAAGGAAGAAUUAUACGCCAAUCUUACGAAGGAAAUGGCCGAUUACUGCAUAGCCAGAAUGAAACCUUAUCUGGAGCCAAAAACAGAGCGUCCCAUCGCGGGAGCCAUGGACUAUAUAGAUUUUACCCGCACUUUGUUCCAAAAUUAGUGCACUCGUAUUCUUUAACGCUUAAAAAUAUUUAUGCGACACAUUUAGAAGUGUAUUCGUAUUAUUGUUGGCUUAGGCUUUAAAUAUAUAUUCAAGUGUCUUAAGUAAAGAUUAUUUAUAAUAUAUGUUCGAGAUAUUAUAUUAGAAAUAUAGAAUUCAUGAAUUUUAUGCUUAUAUUUGGGGCUUUGCUUUAAAACUGCCUGUUUGCAUAUUAAUUGUGUUCAAAUGGACGACAACUAUUCAGUUAGUUAUUGUUGAACUCGUAACAACAAUUGUAUUCUUUUGUACCUUAUUUAUUAAAUAAUGAACCAACUCCGAAAAUAAACAACUUUUGCUUUAUGAAAAUUA